AUGCUGCUCUACCCAUAUGGACCCGAGUAUCAGGACAGAAGGACCCCCAAGGCAGAUGACGGGGCCUCCCCUCAAAUCCCCAUCUCUGAGAACUUCUACUUCUUUGCCCAGAGAUUUCAGUCUCUUUACGUGAACAAUAAUGGCGUGGUGUCCUUUGACAACCCGGUCAGCCAGUACACCCCCGAUCCCUUUCCGCUGACUGACGGCCGGGCCUUUGUUGCCCCGUUCUGGGCUGAUGUCGACAACCGCAUCACGGGGGACGUGUACUACAGGCAGAGCCAGGAGGAGCAACUGUUGCAGAGAGUCACAGCCGACAUCAAUGUUUACUUCCCAAGAGAAACGUUCGCGGCGACCUGGGUCUUUGUGGCCACCUGGGACCGAGUGGCUUUCUAUGGAUCCUUGUCCUCCAAGGUGAACACGUUCCAGGCUGUGCUAACCACCAACGGUGAACUGUCUUUCAUAAUGCUGCACUACAAGGACAUCCAGUGGACAUCCGGGAAAGCAAGUGGCGGAGAUGCCUUCACUGGCUUAGGGGGCACACCUGCUCAGGCUGGAUUUAACAAUGGAGAUGCCAAAAACUAUUUCAACAUCCCUGGGUCUUGGACUCCGAGCAUCAUUAAUGUCAGCUCAACAAGUAACGUCAUGGACCCCGGGCGCUGGGUUUUUCAAGUAGAUGUUUUUGCAGUGCCCAAUGGCUGUGUGUAUAACGGUACAUUGAAUGCUACUCAUUAA